CGUGGGCGGCUGUACCACGUGACCCAGGUAAUUGGCACGGCGCGCGCGCUCCCCUUCCGCGCAGCCCCCUGACCUGCAGCCUCCGGACCUCGCCGCAGCGCGGACUCCGCCCGAAUGAGUCAGCUGAGGCUGCUGCCAUCCCGUCUUGGGGCACAGGCCGCGAGGCUCCUGGCUGCACACGAUGUCCCGGUGUUUGGCUGGCGCAGCAGGUCCUCUGGGCCACCAGCCGCCUUCCCAAGCAGCAAAGGUGGAGGUGGCUCCAGUUACAUGGAGGAGAUGUACUUCGCCUGGCUGGAAAACCCCCAGAGUGUCCACAAGUCCUGGGACAGCUUCUUCCGGAAAGCCAGCGAAGAAGCCUCUUCUGGCUCUGCUCAGCCACAGCCCACUUCUGCUCCCACCCGUGAGAGCAGGUCUGUAGUCUCAAGCCGGACCAAGACCAGCAAGUUGGUGGAGGACCACCUGGCCGUGCAGUCCCUGAUCCGGGCCUACCAGAUCCGGGGUCACCACGUGGCCCAGCUGGACCCCCUGGGCAUUCUGGAUGCAGACCUGGACUCCUUUGUGCCCUCAGACUUGAUCACAACCAUUGAUAAACUGGCCUUCUAUGACCUGCAGGAGACUGACCUCGACAAGGAGUUCCAGCUGCCCAUGACCACCUUCAUCGGGGGAUCUGAAAACACUCUCUCUCUGCGGGAGAUCAUUCGGCGCCUGGAGAACACCUACUGCCAGCACAUUGGCCUGGAGUUCAUGUUCAUCAAUGAUGUGGAGCAGUGUCAGUGGAUCCGGCAGAAGUUUGAGACCCCUGGUGUGAUGCAGUUCUCCAGCGAGGAGAAGCGGACGCUGCUGGCCCGGCUGGUGCGCUCCAUGAGAUUUGAAGACUUCCUGGCCCGGAAGUGGUCCUCAGAGAAGCGAUUUGGCCUGGAGGGCUGUGAAGUGAUGAUUCCUGCCCUCAAGACCGUCAUCGACAAAUCCAGCGAAAUGGGAAUCGAGAAUGUCAUCUUGGGGAUGCCACACAGGGGCAGGCUGAACGUGCUGGCCAACGUGAUCCGCAAGGACCUGGAGCAGAUCUUCUGCCAGUUUGACCCCAAGCUGGAGGCGGCGGACGAGGGCUCCGGGGAUGUCAAGUACCACCUGGGCAUGUACCAUGAGAGGAUCAACCGUGUCACCAACAGGAACAUCACUCUGUCACUGGUUGCCAACCCCUCCCACCUGGAGGCAGUGGACCCUGUGGUGCAGGGGAAGACAAAAGCAGAGCAGUUCUACCGUGGAGACGCCCAGGGCAAGAAGGUCAUGUCCAUCCUGGUUCACGGGGAUGCAGCCUUUGCCGGCCAGGGCGUGGUGUAUGAGACCUUCCAUCUGAGUGACCUGCCCUCCUAUACGACCAACGGCACCGUGCACAUCGUCGUCAAUAACCAGAUUGGCUUCACCACGGACCCCCGGAUGGCCCGCUCCUCACCAUACCCCACUGACGUGGCCCGGGUGGUCAAUGCACCCAUCUUCCAUGUGAAUGCCGAUGACCCAGAGGCUGUGAUGUACGUGUGCAGCGUGGCUGCCGAGUGGAGAAACACCUUCAACAAAGACGUUGUUGUGGACCUGGUCUGUUACCGCCGGCGUGGCCACAACGAGAUGGAUGAGCCCAUGUUCACCCAGCCACUCAUGUACAAGCAGAUCCACAGACAGGUGCCUGUGCUGAAGAAGUAUGCAGACAAGCUUAUUGCUGAGGGCACGGUCACCCUGCAGGAGUUUGAGGAAGAAAUUGCCAAAUAUGACCGGAUCUGUGAGGAAGCUUAUGGCAGGUCCAAAGAUAAAAAGAUCCUGCAUAUAAAGCACUGGCUGGACUCCCCCUGGCCCGGCUUCUUCAACGUAGAUGGAGAGCCCAAGAGCAUGACGUGCCCAGCCACAGGCAUCUCUGAGGACGUGCUCACCCACAUCGGCAGCGUGGCCAGCUCUGUGCCCCUGGAGGGCUUUAAGAUACACACUGGCCUCUCUCGCAUUCUGCGGGGCCGGGCGGACAUGAUCAAGAACCGGACAGUGGACUGGGCGUUGGCAGAGUACAUGGCCUUUGGCUCUCUGCUGAAGGAGGGUAUCCACGUGCGGCUCAGUGGGCAGGAUGUGGAGAGGGGCACAUUCAGUCACCGGCACCACGUUCUCCAUGACCAGGAGGUUGACCGCAGGACGUGCGUGCCUAUGAAUCAUCUCUGGCCCGACCAGGCCCCGUACACUGUGUGCAACAGCUCCCUCUCGGAGUACGGAGUCCUGGGCUUUGAGCUGGGCUAUGCCAUGGCCAGCCCCAAUGCCCUGGUCCUCUGGGAGGCCCAGUUUGGGGACUUCCACAACACAGCCCAGUGCAUCAUCGACCAGUUCAUCAGCACUGGCCAGGCCAAGUGGGUGAGGCAUAACGGCAUUGUGCUGCUGCUGCCCCAUGGCAUGGAAGGCAUGGGCCCGGAGCAUUCGUCAGCGAGGCCUGAGAGGUUCCUGCAGAUGAGCAAUGACGACUCAGAUGCCUACCCUGCAUUCACCAAGGACUUCGAGGUGAGCCAGCUCUAUGACUGCAACUGGAUCGUGGUCAACUGCUCCACGCCGGCCAACUACUUCCACGUGCUGCGCCGGCAGAUCCUGCUGCCCUUCCGCAAGCCGCUGAUUAUCUUCACACCUAAAUCUCUGCUGAGGCACCCAGAGGCCAAGUCCAGCUUUGACCAAAUGGUAUCCGGAACCAGCUUCCAGCGGGUGAUUCCUGAAGAUGGGGUGGCAGCGCAGGCCCCUGAGCAGGUACGGCGGCUCAUCUUCUGCACGGGAAAGGUGUACUACGACCUGGUGAAGGAGCGGAGCAGCCAGGGUCUGGAGGAGAAGGUGGCCAUCACGCGCCUGGAGCAGAUCUCUCCGUUCCCCUUCGACCUGAUCAAGCAGGAGGCAGAGAAGUACCCACGUGCGGAGCUGGCCUGGUGUCAGGAGGAGCACAAGAACAUGGGCUACUAUGACUACAUCAGCCCACGCUUCACGACCACCCUGAGGCGCACGCGGCCCAUAUGGUAUGUCGGCCGGGACCCAGCGGCUGCACCAGCCACAGGAAACAGGAACACUCACCUGGUGUCACUGAAGAAGUUUCUGGAUACUGCCUUCAAUCUCCAGGCCUUUGAGGGCAAGACAUUUUAGAGCUGGGCAAGAGCUGUGUGGGUCUUACUGUGGGGUUGUCUGGGGACCAAGGGGGUGAUGAAGAGGGGCUGCGGGGUCCCCAGGUGAAACGGACUCAGUGACAGGGCCAGAGAGCCUGCACUGCUGGCUUUGGUGUCAUGCCUGGGUCUGAGGGAGCAGAGGAGUCCUAUAGGCAGGCUGCUGUGCUGGAGCACCCCCCAGCUGUUCCCACCUUGCUGGAAUUUCUUGUGCGGCUUCGCCACCUGUGUCUCAAGACAGACACCCGGGAGGCUGUGUCUGCGGCCACUCCCAUCCUGGCAGCCCUAGCUGCCUUCUUCUUGCUCUCGCUCAUUUGUAGAUUCAAAGCGAUGUUCUCUUCUGUGCUCUUAGAAGUAGGGAGUUCAGCAGUAGCAGCCAGGUGACACGAACCUGCUGGGUAACGUGUUUGCGCUCUGUUUUAUGGGGCAUUCCUGCGAGAUGUGUCAGCUUCUGUGUGAAAUACAGCCACAGCUUAUGUGUACCAAAGUAGAAAACCAAAUGACAGAGAAAUAAAAAGAUGCUUCAGAGA